CAUGCAGUGACAAAAUGAUUCAAAUCCAGAAAGGAAGGGAGUGAAAUUGUUGGGAGGUAACUGAAAGAAGAAAAAAAAAGAGGAGGUCUCUUCCUUUGCCACUGACCACUUUAGCGUCCCCGGAUAACACAUAAGCACCAGUUUCCUUUUCAUGGACUGAGAUAAUGCUAAGAGUUAAGAGUAACUGACAGGAAUCAUCUACUGUGGAGACAGAUUUUGCCGUCUAUAUCAAGAUUAGGGACUCACUGUGUCUCUGACUGAGAGACAGCAAAAGGAGGACGCAUGCUCUACAAGAAAUAUCGGCAGUAUAUGGCAGGACUUUUGGCUCCUCCUUAUGGUGUUAUGGAAACCGGCUCUAACAAUGAUAGGAUGCCUGACAAGGAGAAUGUGAGUAGCAGCAAUCUCAGCUCAGCUUCUAAAAACUGUAAUAAGACACCCCUCAUAGAACCUCACGUUCCUCUUCGUCCUGCUAAAACCAUUACCCAGGUUCCUUCAGAGAAGAUCCUCAGGGCUGGGAAAAUUUUACGAAAUGCUAUCCUUUCCAGAGCACCUCACAUGAUAAGAGAUCGAAAAUACCAUCUAAAGACUUACAGGCAAUGCUGUGUGGGAACAGAAUUGGUCGACUGGAUGAUACAACAAACUCCAUGUGUUCAUUCCCGGGCACAGGCGGUGGGCAUGUGGCAAGUUCUCUUAGAAGAAGGUGUUCUCAAUCAUGUGGACCAGGAACACCAUUUCCAAGAUAAAUAUUUGUUUUACCGAUUUCUGGAUGACGAGCACGAAGAUGCCCCUUUGCCAACGGAGGAAGAAAAGAAGGAAUGUGAUGAGGAGCUGCAGGACACCAUGCUGCUGCUGUCACAGAUGGGACCUGAUGCACAUAUGAGGAUGAUCCUCCGGAAACCGCCUGGCCAGAGGACUGUAGAUGAUCUGGAGAUUAUCUAUGAAGAACUGCUUCACAUUAAGGCCUUAUCACAUCUUUCCACAACAGUGAAACGAGAGUUAGCCGGGGUUCUCAUCUUUGAGUCCCAUGCCAAAGGAGGGACAGUAUUGUUUAACCAGGGUGAAGAAGGUACCUCCUGGUAUAUUAUCCUAAAAGGAUCAGUGAAUGUAGUCAUUUAUGGCAAGGGAGUGGUGUGCACCCUACAUGAGGGAGACGACUUUGGGAAGUUAGCCCUGGUCAAUGAUGCACCACGAGCGGCCUCCAUCGUUUUACGCGAAGAUAAUUGCCAUUUCUUAAGAGUGGACAAAGAAGAUUUCAACCGGAUCCUAAGGGAUGUUGAGGCGAACACAGUAAGACUUAAAGAACAUGACCAAGAUGUCUUGGUGUUGGAGAAGGUCCCAGCAGGAAACAGAGCUUCUAAUCAAGGAAACUCACAGCCUCAGCCAAAGUACACUGUGAUGUCAGGGACACCUGAGAAAAUUUUAGAGCAUUUCCUAGAAACAGUACGCCUUGAGCAACCUUUAAAUGAAACAACAGAUUCAGCUUUAAAUGACUUCAUCAUGAUGCACUGUGUUUUCAUGCCCAAUUCUCAGCUUUGCCCAGCCCUGGUGGCCCAUUACCACGCACAGCCUUCCCAGGGUACAGAACAGGACAAAAUGGAUUAUGCCCUCAACAGCAAGAGGCGAGUCAUCCGCCUGGUCCUCCAGUGGGCUGCUUUGUAUGGAGACUUACUCCAAGAGGAUGAAGUAGCAAUGGCCUUCUUAGAGGAGUUUUACGUAUCUGUGUCAGAUGACAGCCGGAUGAUUGCGACCCUCAAGGAGCAGCUUCCAGAGUUAGAAAAGACGGUCAAGCAAAUCUCAGAAGACGGCAAAGCUCCACAAAAGAAGCACAAAGUUCUUUUGCAACAAUUCAACCCUGUUGAAGACAGAGCACAGAAACGCCAACCUGUCCGGGGAUCUGAUGAAAUUCUGUUUAAAGUCUACUGCCUAGACCACACUUACACCACUAUUCGAGUGCCUGUGUCAGCUUCCGUGAAAGAAGUUCUUAGUGCUGUAGCGGACAAACUGGGUUCUGGAGAAGGACUGAUGAUAGUCAAGAUGAGCUCUGGAGGAGAAAAGGUGGUGCUCAAACCUAAUGAUGUUUCAGUAUUUACAACACUCACUGUUAAUGGACGUCUGUUCGCUUGCCCUCGAGAGCAAUUUGAUUCGCUGACACCCUUACCAGAACAAGAAGGCCCAACUACUGGAACAGUAGGAACUUUUGAACUGAUGAGUUCCAAAGAUUUAGCAUACCAAAUGACAAUUUAUGAUUGGGAGCUCUUCAACUGUGUACAUGAGCUGGAGCUAAUCUACCACACAUUUGGAAGGCACAAUUUUAAGAAGACCACUGCAAACUUGGAUUUGUUCCUAAGGAGGUUUAAUGAGAUUCAGUUUUGGGUCGUCACCGAGAUUUGCCUUUGUGCCCAACUCAGCAAGCGAGUUCAGCUCCUAAAGAAAUUUAUUAAGAUAGCAGCCCACUGUAAGGAGUACAAAAAUCUGAAUUCCUUCUUUGCCAUCGUCAUGGGACUCAGUAACGUUGCUGUGAGCCGCUUGGCGCUAACAUGGGAGAAACUUCCAAGCAAGUUCAAGAAGAUCUAUGCUGAGUUUGAAAGCUUAAUGGAUCCAUCCAGGAACCACAGGGCUUACAGGCUUACUGUUGCCAAACUGGAUCCACCUCUAAUUCCCUUCAUGCCCUUACUCAUUAAAGAUAUGACAUUUACUCAUGAGGGGAACAAGACGUUCAUUGACAAUCUAGUAAACUUUGAAAAAAUGCGCAUGAUUGCUAACACAGUCAGAACGGUGAGAUACUGCAGGAGCCAACCCUUCAAUCCUGAUGCAGCCCUUGCUAAUAAGAACCAUCAGGAUGUCCGGGGUUAUGUCCGACAAUUAAAUGUGAUUGACAACCAGAGAACGUUAUCCCAGAUGUCACACAGAUUAGAGCCUCGUCGAGCAUGAACACUUAAAGGGACUAAAGCAAUGGUUCAUUUCCAGUCUACUAUCUGCUAAAAAAAAAAAUGCCAUUUCUAUUACAACUGUACUGCCACAGAGAACUUUACACAACAAACAAAAAAUUAGUGAAAACAAUCCCUGGGCAUUGCCCAGCACACCAGCUACAUGGCAAUGAGGGCAGUGCGGCAUUGUGGAACGAGUAUUGAACUAGGUGCCAGGAGACCUGGGUUGUAGUCUCAGCUCUGCCUCCAACUAGCUGUGUGGCCUUGGGCAACUCACUUCAUCUCUCUG